AUGCACUACUCGCGCAUCAUGCCUCCUCCGGGCGACCACCGAUACUUUCCCUCGACCGCCGUCUUCCUCCACGAGCUCAUCAAGCUGGCCGUUUCCCUCACGCUGGCCUUGUACGAGGGCUCCAAGACGCUGGCGCCCAGCACGCCUGCCACGGUGCUGUUUGAGCAGAUUUACAAUGCCAUGUUUGCGGGCGACGGGUGGAAGCUGAUUGUGCCGGGCGUGUUUUACACGCUGCAGAAUAUCCUGCAGUAUGUGGCCAUUGAGAACCUGGAUGCUGUGCAUUUUCAGGUUCUGUACCAGCUCAAGAUCCUUACCACGGCGCUCUUCAGCGUCUAUCUCCUGAGCCGCCCCCUCGGCCUCAAGCGCUGGCUCUCGCUUGUUGUCCUGACACUAGGCGUCUCCAUCGUCUCUCUGCCUGGAUCGACCGCCAUUGGCAGUGCCUCUAGCUCCAGCCCCCUACUUCACGGCAUGCCGGACCACUUCUUCCCUCGAUCCGGCCAUGAGCUGGGCCACGCCGUCGUCGAAGACGCAGCAGCGCAUCUCACUCGCCGCUCCGCCACCUAUCAAGGCAUCGACAACGAUCUUCACCCCGUCGAGCCCUCCGUGAACUACUCCCUCGGCGUGACUGCAGUUCUCGUCGCGGCGGCGGUUUCCGGGCUCACGGGCGUCUAUUUCGAGAAGCUGCUCAAGGAGAGCCCCUCUCAAGCCAGCGUGUGGGUGCGCAAUCUGCAGCUGAGCUUCUAUUCCAUGAUUGCUGCUCUCGUCGGCGGCGUCAUGUGGCAGGACGGCGCCGGGAUUCGCGAGCACGGCUUUUUCGAGGGUUACAAUGCGGUUGUGUGGGCGACGGUCGUGCUACAGGCGGUUGGGGGGUUGCUGGCCAGCCUGGUCAUUCGCGAUGCCGACAACAUCAUCAAGAAUUUUGCGACGAGCAUCAGCAUCAUACUGAGCUUCCUCGUCAGCGUGUGGCUCUUUGAAUUCAAAGUGACUCUUACGUUUCUUUUGGGUACGAUGCUCGUGCUGCUCGCCACGUACUUGUAUAGCGUAGCAGAGGAGAAAUUCGCUCGAAACCGCCCGCCCGCGAUCCGUGUCGCAACAUUUGAGAAGCCCGCCAUCGAGCACCUCCUGACACCAGUUGGCACACCCCGCUUGGGGCCCGCGAAACACUUCAAGUCUGUCGAGCCGUUUGAUGUCAAGGGCUUGGGUUCGACGUCCAGCCGGCCCAGUAGCCCCAUGUUUGCCCGGCCGGCGAGUCGUCUAGCUUCACAGAAGGAGCUGUGA